GAAUCCCCCUUUUCUGUUUUCCCCCCUCGCUUUUUAAAGUACUGUACUGUGCCUGCUGCACACCACGGAUGCAGCAGGCACACGGAACAUACUGUAGAUAACCAGGCAAAGCCAAGCCGAGUGAUGAAGCGAUGAUAAAAUCAAACAAUACCGUUGUUAAUACGAGGGAGCUGUUUUAUAGUCAAAUGAACGCCUGUCCUUCCUUUUGAGAGCUGAUCCAAGCAGGGAGUAUUCAUUCAGGACUAGUGCUCUGUGUGUUGGUUUCAUGACAAUCGUGUCGGGAUGGAGACAAAGUCAUCUGUUGAUCUGCAUCUGGAUUCAUCUGAAGGAGGCCUGAAGGAGCUCGUGCUUCGGUGGUUCAUUGGGACACAGGCACAGAUCAUUCUGCAAAAUGGAAAUUUUCCCAGCUGGUUUCAAGGCUUCACUGGAAGAAAGCAUGCAGAGGAUCUCCUGGCAGAUAAAGCUCCAGGCUCUUUUCUCAUCCGCCUCAGUGAUAAAACCAUCGGCUACAUCCUUUCCUACAAGGGCCUUGACAGGUGCCGCCAUUUUUUGAUAACUCAAAACCAAGAGGGACUUCUUUUCAUAUCAGGUGACUGUUACACCUACUCCUGCAUAAGUGAUCUAAUAGAUCAUUAUAAAGUAAGCCCUAUCCAGCCAUUUGGAGAGUACCUGACAACCAGCUGUUUUGAGGCAAACACAGGUGAAGUGUAUGAUGUGGUGAAUUACAACAGCAAAGGGGAAUCAGGAGUAAGUGUCAAUGCUCUCCAGGGCCGUUGGGACCCGAAUAACAAGAGUAUUGGAAGGAUCCAGGAACAAACUGAUGGUGUACGCACCACAGUUCAGCCACCUGCACUGCCACCAAAAUACAGAAACAAAAAACUGACUGCAACCCAAUCUGUAGACUCCAUGUCCCUUUCUCAGGCUCCUGCUGUUCCAAAAAGGGGUGUUCCAGUGGCAUUCUCCCUUAGUGGAUCUUUUUCUGAUACAACGUCACAACCAAGCAAAACCCAAAAGGUCACAAACAGGCCAAAAAAAGAAAACACAACCUUAGUAACCAGUCAGUCUUCACAUUUAUACACUGACGCAAGCUAUCCAGGGGACCAGAUGGCUCACUCCCAGCAUACGUCUGUGGGUGGCAGAAGCAAGUCUGUGCCAGUGAUAAACAAAAACUAACAAGAUCAACAAGAGGAGGCCUACUCAAACCAGUUUAACAGUCCAUCACUAACAGUCUCAGCAUAUCAAAUCCAUGUUCCUGCCAAGAGGGUCACAUGCCACACAUAUUCGCUUCAUGACCCCACAGAGUUCUUGACACUGAGCAACCUGUGGUCAGAGGAGCAGAGGUAUGACAUGGAAUUCUUUAGGUCCAACCCGACCUCUGAAAGGCCUAAAAGGAGUUCAGUCUCUCAGAGAACCACCAUGUAUGCUGAGAUUGAGCAGAAGCCAGCAGUCAUCACUUUCCCUGAGAGCACCUACGAACAGGUCCCCGGCAAGUCCAUGGAAAACCAGGCAAACACUUAUGAGUCUCUUAAUGACAUCAAGCCCAAGAUGCCUAAAUCUACAUGGGGGAAAAAUGUGAGUCAGGUAUAA